CGACGGACCGCGGCCUGGCGGGAAGGAGAGAGGCUCUCAAAAGAUGGCAAAAAGCUGGUCUUUCCUGGAUAUUUGUGAGUCUGACUUCAGGCCUCUGGUAGUAAUUGAGCUUGCUAAAAGUGCCAAAGCGGAAACCAUAGAAUGGUUCACUAAAAGAAUUGUGGACAAAAAAGCAAAGGGAGGUGCACAACUGCUGGUUAAACCAUUACUCACAGAAAAAGAAGGUGAAAAUAUUUAUCUAGUUGGAGCUUCCUACUUAAGGCUGUUGCUGGGAGCUGAAACUGUGGGUUUGGUGAAGGAAUGUAGUGAUAACUCAAUGAGAACUUUUACAUAUAGUAGCAGAAAAACUUUCAAAGAUUUUGCAGAUGACAAUCAUGAAUUUCUUACAAUGGCAGAAUGUCAGUAUAUCAUCAAACAUGAACUCGAAAAUUUGAGAGCUAAAGAUGAAAAAAUGAUCCCUGGAUAUCCUCAGGCAAAGCUGUAUCCAGGAAAAUCAAUUGUGAGAAGAUUAUUGACCAGUGGUAUUCUAGUUCAGAUUUUCCCACUGCAGGAUAGAGAAGAGUUGAAAAAGCUCUGUCACAGCUGGUAUGGUCGAGUGAAAGUUGGUUAUCAACCUUUAGAUGAGAUACGCUGCUACUUUGGUGAAACCAUUGCACUCUACUUUGCCUUCUUAGAGUAUUUCACAUUUGCUUUGAUUCCAAUGGCUGUUAUUGGGAUUCCUUAUUAUGUAUUUGCUUGGGAAGACUAUGACAAAUACGUGAUGUUUGCCACAUUCAACCUGCUCUGGUCCACUGUGAUACUGGAAGUUUGGAAGCGGAUUUGUGCCACCAUGACAUACCGUUGGGGGACGCUGCUGAUGAAACGCCAGUUUGAAGAACCAAGACCAGGCUUCCAUGGCGUCCUGGGUAUUAAUCCCAUCACUGGGAGGGAGGAACCAGUGUACUCAAGUAUUAAGAGACAGCUACGGAUUUAUCUGGUGUCCUUACCAUUUGUGUGCCUUUGCCUCUACUUCUCACUGUAUGUGAUGAUGAUUUACUUUGAUUUGGAAGAGUGGGCUCUGGAUUACCAUGAGGAGAAUGACUCUAACUUCAGCAGCUUGAUGCUGUUUGUGCCCAGUAUCAUAUAUGCUGUUGUGAUUGAAAUUAUGAACCGUAUCUAUCGGUAUGCUGCUGAAUUCUUAACAUCAUGGGAAAAUCACAGGCUGGAAUCUUCAUAUCAAAAUCAUUUAAUUCUAAAAGUUCUAGUGUUCAACUUCUUAAAUUGUUUUGCAUCUCUCUUCUACAUUGCCUUUGUGCUGUUUGAUAUGCACCUUUUGAGGCAGAGCUUGGCCACUUUGCUGAUAACUUCGCAGAUCCUCAAUCAGUUGGCAGAGUCCUUGCUUCCUUACUGGCUCCAAAAGAGGUAUAACAAGAGGAUGAAGAAACACCUGUGUUCUCCGAAGAUUGAUAAAGACCUGUCAUUAGUUGAACAAGUCAACUUGGAGAAAGAAAUGGGCACCUAUUGUGGAACUUUUGAUGACUACCUGGAGUUGUUCUUACAGUUUGGCUAUGUGAGUCUUUUUUCAUGUGUUUAUCCACUGGCAGCUGUCUUUGCAGUGUUAAACAACAUUACCGAGAUAUAUUCUGAUGCCUUAAAGAUGUGUAAUGUUUACAAGCGUCCAUUUGCAGAACCCACAGCAAAUAUUGGUGUUUGGCAGCUGGCUUUUGAAACUAUGAGUGUAAUAUCCGUUGUUACUAACUGCGUACUGAUUGGAAUGUCUCCACAAGUGAAUGCCCUUUUCCCAGACUCAAAAAUGGAACAUAUUCUGACUGUGGCAUUGGUAGAGCACGUGCUAUUGGCAAUAAAGUUUACCAUCACAUUUGUAAUUCCGGAUAAACCAAGAGAUAUCCAGACAAAACUAGCCAAAUUGGAAUUUGAAUCUCUAGAGGCUCUCAAACGACAGCAAAUGAAGCUUACAGUUGAGUCACUGAAGGAGUAAACAUGAAGGAAUGAGGAUGACUAAAGCAGUCACAUGUGGAUGCCAGCACCACUUGGGCGUUUGUUUAUGAGGAUGUGUCACUCUCAGAGCAUGCAUUCACCAUCUAAUGAGUAGGUGACACCUGCCUAUAGGACACUUUGUAAAUAUCCUUUGCCUGACACUGUAAAAAAAAAAAAGUAUUUUCUCCUGCUCCCUUUGUUUCUUAUAUGCAACCAUUAGUGAAAUUAACACCGAAUAAAGGACUGCAGCUUACACU